GCUCUCCACUCUACGUACUCGUUCAUAUAUCACGAAACAUACAGUGCUCUACUGAGCGACUGGUAACCCCUUAUAGCUAUGGCUACCCAACCCUUCACACCAACGCAAAGCUACCUUACUGGCGCGGCCCGGGAAGAAGCCAUCCUACACCAGAGACCAAUUCGUGAAAUAGACAUGAUUGCUACAUCAUGGACACUUUAUGGGGUAACCACUAUCGUGGCUCUCAUACGAUUUUUUGUUCGUGUAAAAUCAACCCAGAAGUUGUGGCUUGAUGAUUAUCUUGUCAUGGCUGCAGUACUGUGCUCAACGGCUUCAACAGCCUUGUUGUAUCACUGGCGCGGCUCGCUAUAUCUAAGCAAAGCCCUUCUGACCAUGCCCGACAAAGUUGCCGUUGAGCCCAAAGAUUUGCCGAUGUUAGAAAGUCAAACGCUCAUCCUGGACUUGGUAAACGCCUUCAUUUGGACAACAAUAUUCUCAAUGAAACUCUCUUUCCUGUACCUCUUUAGAAAUCUGGUUAAAAACAACUCGUUGCUUCUCAUUCGGUACUUUUGGUUCGUUGUUAUCUUUACGGUACUGUCCUGGGGAUUCAGUGCAUCUGAGAUAUUUAUACAUUGUCACUCUUUCGGAAAGGACAGUUACAAGUGCAAUGAAAGCAACCCCACGAUGAGUAGUGCAUUAGAUUCUUUGGCGACUGCAUUGGAUGUUGCUACCGAUUUAAUGGUUAUAUCAAUUCCUAUAUUUGUCCUGCGAAGAGCGAAGACAAACAUUACAUAUAAGCUUGCCGCUGGGGCAUUUCUUUGUCUCUCUGUAGUAACAAUCGUUGUUGCCACCAUUCGCUUGCUGAGCACCAACAUUCUUGAGUAUGGUGGACUAGACCCAACUUGGGGUUUCUUUUGGGCUGAGAUAGAAGCGUAUGUGAGCAUCUUAGCGACAUCGGCUACGGUAUUCCGGUUCUCAAGCCUUCGGCGGGCACAGUUGAUGGAAGAGCAAAAACACGAUAGUUUGCAAGAGACAAGCGAAGCCCCCUCGCCUGUAACAUGCAAGAAUUGACAGAAUGGACGCGGGUUAUAGCAUAUGCGUCGCUUUUAAAUGAGACUCUCUUUGCUGC